AGCAAAAGCAAACGGCCACAUUCCCGCAGCUCUGGAACUCGGAGGCCCAGGAAUCAUGAUGCAGCAGCAGCCUCAGGCGCACGCGUCGGCACUUGCGGUGGCGCCGUCGGCGGCGGCAGCGACGGCGGCUCACCCGCAGGAUCCUGCGGGCGGGGACGCGCCGCCGAAGCAGGUGGCUCAGGCGAUGGAGCGGCUGGGCCGUGCGGGCCGGCUCAUCGCGGACAUCCGGCUCGGCGCGGACCGCCUACUCGAGGCCCUCUUCGUCGCCGGCGGCGCGCCCCCGUACAGCGUGCACCAGCACGUCGACAGGAUGGAGCGCGUUAUCGUCAAGGAGGAGGCCGCCAUGCGCCUCCACUUCCAGGACCUCCGCGCCCUCGGCAGGCAAUUAGAGGAGUCUGGAGUCCUUAAUGGGGCCCUUAAAGCUCGAGGCAAUUCAUGGGGAUUGCACAUGCCACUCGUUUGUCCAGAUGGUGCUGUUGUAGCUUAUGCUUGGAAGCGUCAACUGGCAGGUCAGGCUGGUGCAUCUGCUGUGGACAGGACUAGGUUAGCUCUCAAGGCCUUCACUGACCAGAAAAGAAGAUUUUUUCCUCAUCUAGAAGACGAAGUCCUUAGCCAUCUCCAUGAUGGUGAACCUGGUGUCACAAAAAAGCCAAAGUUGAUUUCCAGCAACGGAGAUCUAGAGGAAAAAUCUUUAUCUGAAAUACUGAAAAAUUUAGAAAAUGAAGUACCUAACAUGAAAAUAUUCACAUACUGGCAUCUGGAUUGGUCAAAAAGAGCUUCAUCAUUAGCAUCUCUGAUGGAUGAUGACUUCGUGGAUCCAUCUAAAGAGCUGAACCUGCAAAAUAUGGGCAAAUCGAGAUCUGGUGCUCUGACAACUCCCAUAGACCAAGUUGCAGUAAUUGAAUUGCUGGUUCCUUCAAUAUUUAGAGCUGUAGUGUCAUUGCAUCCUGCUGGAUCUACUGAUCCUGAUGCAGUGGCAUUCUUCUCUCCCACUGAGGGAGGAAGCUAUCUUCAUGCGAGGGGCACGUCGGUGCAUCAUGUGUUUAAGCAUGUAAAGGAGCAUGCUGACAAGGCAUUGCAGUACUUCAUCAGUGUGGAGCCGAAUAAAGCACUUUCUCUGCUUUUGCGUUGGAUUGCCAGCUAUCAGACUCUGUUUACAAAGGUUUGCAGCAAAUGCGGACGGCUUCUGAUGAUGGACAAGUCCUUGGCUUUGCUAUUGCCUCCUGUCCACCGCCCCUAUCACCAGACUUCUAGUAUUGGACCAGAUCUUCAAGAGGCUUAUCACAUUGGAUGUUCUUCCUAUGAUGGCUAGCUGAUGCUUCGAAGAAACACCCGAGACUAUUUAGAUAGCACAGGAUGUUUGACAUUGUCACUGACAAAGUACGAGUACCAGAGUCUUUCUGUGUAAAACAGUGUUCUUUUUCUGGAAUGUAUGCAAUCCAUCAGGUGACUUCGUACAGAAACGUUACCGAUUGCUUAGGUACUACUUGAUCUUCUACGCUCUUGACCAGAUUAACCUACAGUUUAAUUCACUUAAAAAAUCCAGAGCUGGUCCAAACAACCCAGAUUCUUGUA